UUUCAUAAUCGCACAAUCGCGAUUUGUAACUUGAACGUUCGACACGUGUAGUGGAUUCUGUUGAAAGGUUAUGUUUAUUUGUUAACAAACAAUGGGAAAAGUUAAAAUAAUUUCGCAGGAAAAAAAGACGCCUACACUAAAAAGAACGCGAUCCAAGAAACAAAGAAAAAGUAAUAAAAGACCAUUAAAUAGCUUACAUAAAAGUGAGUUAAGAAAAUCAAAUGCAUCUAAUGAAAUAGAUACAUUUACAAACAUACAAAAUAGUAAAAAGAAAAAGAAGCAUGAUUCUAGGAAUAAAAUUGUCACAAAAAAUACAGACAAACCAAAUAAUCCAAUAAAAUAUUCAAAUGAUGAUAAUAAAAUAAAAUACAAAAAGAGAAAUAAAAGACAAAAUCAAGAUAUGAAAUCUGGUCAGACAAAAAGUAAUAUUGCAAAAAUCAAUGCUGCAAUAAAAAAUAAUAAAAAAUUACAAAUGUCUAUAAAAAAAUCAGAUCACUUUAAACAUAAUAAAACAAAAAUUCAAAAUAUUAAGAAAAUGAACAAAAAGAAAAUGAAGCAGAUGUCUAUCAAAACAGAGACACAGCAAGUAGAAUCUGAUAAAACAUUGAAACUAAACAAAUAUAAAAUAAAGUUAAAACGAUUAGAAAAUAUGUUUGCCAUUAAACCCAAGGCAGAAAAGAUUACACAGCCAUAUACAUUGAGAGACAGAAUGAUGGCACAAUUAAGAGCAUCUAGAUUUAGAUUUAUUAAUGAGACAUUGUACAACAAUGAAAGUUUCCAGUCUAAACAAUAUUUUAAAGAAGAUCCUGAUGCUUUUAAAGCUUAUCAUGAUGGAUAUAAACAGCAACUUGAACAAUGGCCAGUAAAUCCACUGGAUGUCAUAAUAUCAUCAAUUAAAAAAAUGCCAACAGAUAAUGUAAUUGCUGAUUUCGGAUGUGGUGAAGCAUUACUUGCUGCUUCCAUUCCUCAUAAAGUACACUCCUUCGAUUUUAUUGCUAUAAAUGACAGAGUAAAAGCUUGUGAUAUGGCUCAUACUCCAUUAUUAAUGAACAGUAUCCAUGUUGUCGUGUUUUGCCUAUCUUUAAUGGGAUCUAAUCUCUCUGACUAUAUAAUUGAAGCUAACAGAGUUCUCAAAAACAAUGGCACUUUGAAAAUAGUCGAAGUCGAAAGCAGAUUUGAGGAUGUAACAAAUUUUAUAAAACUAUUAACAAAUUAUGGUUUUAAAAAUACAUGGAAAGACUUAUCUCAUGCCUUGUUUUAUUUCAUGGAUUUUAAAAAAGAAGAAGACAUAAGCAUGAAAAAGAAAAAUCUGCCUUCAAUUACAUUGAAACCAUGCUUGUAUAAAAAGAGGUAA